ACACAUACCAACUGCACCAUGAUAGAUCAGGCUGAUCCUUCAAAUCUGACCCACUCGAGAUAUUCAACCCCAAAGACAUGGCUUCUCCAUGCGGGGGUGUCCCGUCCCAUCCACCGCUGGCUAUAUCACGUGACAUCAACAGUAACAAGUGUGUUUUAGAGAGGAUUGAUUAAACCCACUCAUCUUACCAGUCAUUUCCCCCUCAUUACCUCAUCUCGCUCACCUGGGUGGGUUUUGACACUGGUUUUACCUGCCAGACACAUUACUGGAAGUGCGUGUUUACUUCUUCUUUUGGACAUUUUUUAGGAACAACAUUUAGCUCUCACUUCUCAUUUAUUCAUCACUGAGCAAAGCAUAGCAGCACACACACACACACACACACACACACACUCCGACACACACACGAAGCUGCCCGUGUGGAUCACCUGCUGAGCGGUAAAAAUGCUGUACCUGGUGGUGAUUCUGCUCUCUGUGUCAGGUAUGAAAUAAACUGUUCAGUGUUCAGUUCUUAGCGUUUUGCUGGCACCAGGACAUGGACAGAUUCUUUCAUUUUCAUUUGUAAGGAAUAAACCAAUGUGUGUGGUGUUGUAAAGAAAAAAAGCUCUGAUAUUGGAGACUCCUUCAUUAAAAGGAGUUCUCGCUCCCUAUGAUUUGGGUGUGAACUAUCCGGAUAAUCCGAUCUGUGCUGUGAGAGGAUUCAGUGUCUCCAUUCCCUGUACUUAUUAUUAUUAUUAUUAUCCAACAUCAAAUCCCAGUAUUCAGGUGAUACAAAAGCUUUGGUGCUCAAUGAACUCAAACACAGACAUAUGUAUGAACCCCCCGUAUGUUUAUAACAGCUCAUCAAUCACCACAUCAGACUUUGAGUACGCUGGAGACGACAAAUCAAACUGCACUUUGUUAAUCCACAAUGUACAGUUCAGUUAUUCUGGAGAGUACAGAUUCAGAUUUAUAACUGAUCAGACUGGUGGAAGAUGGACAGGUGUACCUGGACCGACUCUACAAGUUGCAGAUUUAAAGGUGUCACUAAUCAGGCUCAGUGGAAUCGGAACCCUUAAACAAGGAGACUCGUUAAAUCUGACGUGUGAUGUGAACUGCACACAAAGUUCCUCACAGUUUGUGUGGUCUAAGAACAACGAGCGCUUAAAUACAUCAGGACCCGUUCUUCACUUUCCUGCUGUAACCGUGAGGGAUUCUGGGAGUUACACCUGCACUUGGAAAACCAACAGGGCGUCAGGAUCUGAAACGAUCAGCCUUCUCGUCGAGGGUGAAAAUCAGUGGACAAUCUGGAUCAUUGUUUUGGUGAUAGCUGGAGUGAUUUUCAUUUCAGUGACUGGAGCUGUGAUUUACAACAGGAGAAACAGGUUUCUGUGUGACUGCAGGUUCCUCCACACUGGGCAGAAGAAGGAGGACGACUCUACUAUCUUCGCUAAUGUACAGCAGCAGAAGAAAGAGUCUAUCUAUGAAAAUGUACAGCAGCAGAAAGAGGACACUUCUAAUAUCUAUGAAAAUGUACAGCAGCAGAAGGACAGUUUUGCUGUCUAUGCCAAUGUGUAGUAACGUAGAGCUGAUCACAGUUUCACACCUCAUUAACCCUAUUCAUGUCUUCUAAAAAUAAAUAAAUAAAUAAAUAAAAUCUAACAAUAUACAGAACACACACUUGCUGUGUAUUGUGUUUGAACUGAAUUUUAUAACGUCAUGAACGAAGUAUGGUUAAGAAGUUUAUGUGCUGCUGAUAUGUAUCUACUAUGUAAGGAAUAAAAUAUUCUGAGGCGUGCUUUUAUAGGAAAAUAAUCAGUGCCAGGGUGGCGUGAUGUUCUCAACGCAAAGCAGAAAUUAAACUCAAUUUAAUCCUAACUCAGUUAUCUGGAAGGUGUAUUGGUGUCUUUUUGGAACGCUUUAAAAUGCUUUACGUGGAAAACAAAAGCUUAACGUUGUUUAAUGUGCAAAAAUAAAAUCAUUGAUU